UCCCGUUCAGCCCUGCUCUCCUGUUCUUGCCGACGGGGCCUUCAUGUUGAACCACCUCUCCACUGCUCUAACGCUCUUCACCCGCCGACUACCCGCUUUCUCCCCACGGACUUUCUCCGGAGCCCUCCGCCGCCUCUGCAGGAUGGAAGCGGCCGUGGUGAGGUGCCUCCCCGGGGAGCCCAAGCUGACCAUCUCCUUCUGUCUGCAGGGCAGCCACAAGCACAUGCUCCGGGACCAGGACGAGCCGCUGGGCAAGGUCCUGGCCCGCAUCUCCAACGGGAUAGCCAAGAACCAAUCAAAAGCAAAGAAAUCCAAGAAGAACCGGGGUCAGGAGCAGCCGGAUGAAGCUGCGGAGCCCACCGUGGUGAAGCUGUUCUACGAUGGGGAAGAGGUGCCGGAGACGGUGCUGAACGCGGAGGCUUGGCAGGACGGCUCCGUGCUGCAGGUGGGAGAUGUUAAAUAUUCAGUGCAGAGGAACGCGCCCACCUUCACCACCGCGGAGCUACCGGUGUCCUUGUUGGCCGGCUUCCCCGUCUGCCCCAAACUGGAGGUGGAGUUUGGGAACGUCCAGGACUGCGAGUUCACCUGGUUCAGAGAAAACUGCCCACACACGAGGUCUGAAGCUCCUGGUAAAGCUUCAGAUCAGGACAGUGGUUGGACUCAGGUUGGAUGUGAGAGAGUUUACAUCCCAUCCAAUCAGGACAUCAGCUUCAGGCUCAAACUGAGCUGCACACCCAAAGAUGGAAGCCGUGGUGGCCUGGCCAAGGAGCUGGUUUCUGUGGGAGCUGUGGAGGCUGGACCAGGUGUGUGCUUGUUUGACAACCGUCAUGCUUUCACAGCCAAAGUCACGGACUGGCCGACUGUGAGAGUGGUGUCGUACAACAUCCUCGCCGACAUCUACGCCCAAACGGACCUUUCCAAGACGGUGCUGUACCCGUACUGCCCCUACGCCCUGCAGCUGGACUACAGACAGAACCUGAUCAAAAAGGAGCUUGCUGGGUACAACUGCGACAUUAUCUGUCUGCAGGAGGUCGAUAAAGGAGUGUAUGUGGACAGUCUGACUCCAGCGCUGGAUGCCUUUGGUCUGAACGGUGUUUUCAAGGUCAAAGAGAAGCAGCAUGAAGGACUCGCUACCUUCUACCGCAGGUCAAAGUUUCGACUCUUGAGCAGUCACGACAUCAUGCUGAGUGAGGCGUUGUCCUCUGACCCCAUGCACGCUGAGCUUCUGGAGAAGGUUUCUGCUAACGGUGCCCUGAAGAAUAAGAUCCUGCAGAGGUCCACCUCGCUGCAGGUCACUUUCCUCGAGGACCUGAAUAAACCCGGCAGGAAGGUCUGUGUGGCCAACACUCACCUGUACUGGCACCCGAAAGGGGGGAAUGUUCGCUUAGUCCAGAUGGGCGUGGCUUUGAAACACCUGAGUCAUGUGAUCAGCGAGGUCGCACCUGGAGCCCCGCUGGUGUUUUGUGGAGACUUUAACUCCACCCCAAAUGCAGGUGUGUUUCAGCUGCUCAGUGAGGCUGUGGUUCCUCCGCAGCAUGCAGACUGGAGCAGCUCGGGGCCAGAGGAGUCCUGCAGCAUGGAGCUGCUCUCUGACAUCCCCCCUCUGCUGAGCGCCUGCGGAUUGCCGGCCUACACCAACUAUGUGAGAGGGUUUCAAGGCUGCCUGGAUUACAUCUUUAUACAGCCAGACUGCAUGCAGGUGGAGCAGGUGAUCCCUCUGCCCAGCCUCGAGGAGGUCACCACCUACGAGGCUCUGCCCAGCGUGGCUCACCCCUCUGACCACAUCGCUUUGGUUUGUGACCUCCGGUGGAACCCCUGACCUCCAACCAUGAUGGACAGAGAUGCUUAAACACA